AUGCCUUCGGAAAAUCUAAGGCUAUUGUCCAAGCAAGAGCGUGUGUUACGUAUCUCGCUGGAAAAUGUGGCUGAUUUCGUACAGUCCUAUGAGGAAGGAACGGACAAACAAUCCUUGGAACUGAGGUUAGCCAAACUGGACGAAUUAUUGGAGAAAUUCAUCAAUAUUCGAAUGCAAAUGGAGAUCUUAGCCGACGAUGCGGAUGACAUGGAACUUACAGAAACCAAAGCGACUGAAGAGGAACGAAUUCGACAAAGGGAUACGAUCAACGCCACCAUCAUCAAAGAUUUUGAAAACUCUGUGUACGAUUUGAAGCAAACUAUUCUGAGCUAUCUCACAACAGCAAACAGGAAUCACCCAAUGCCAAAUGGUUCGAGACAAUCCACGGUUGAUUCACAGUCCCGAGUGAAACUUCCAGACCUCAGACUGCCUUCGUUUAGUGGACGGAUGUCGGACUGGGUUACUUUCCGUGAUACAUAUAAGAACUUAAUCCAUAAUGAUGUUAGAUUAUCAGAUAUGGAUAAGUUCACAUACCUGCGAACAUCGCUCACCGGAGACGCUCUGCAGGAAAUCGCAUCGAUUGAGAUCUGUUCCAACAAUUAUAUUAUCGCGUGGAAUGCUUUGGAGAGCAUCACGGAUCAGUACGGAAAUUCGAUGCUCGCUCGUGCGUUGCUGGACUCUGGCUCGCAGCGAUGCUACAUGUCGGAAAGCUUUUCCCAGAAGCUCAAGUUUAAGAGAUCUCGUGAACAUUUACCUGUUGUCGGAAUUGGAGGUUCAUGCACAGCUUCAACUCAAGCAGUACUAGCUGAAAUGAAUUCUUGUGUCACAGAGUACACGACGCGAUUGAAAUUCCACGUGCUACCACGUGUCACUGUUAACCUUCCCGUACAAAGUAUUAACAUAAACAGCUGGAAAAUUCCUAAUGAAGUCGUCUUAGCUGAUACAACUUUCCACGAGUCUCGUGCGGUGGAUCUUAUAAUAGGAGCAGAAAUUUAUUUAGACAUUAUCCUAGAAAGUCAGCAAAUCAAAUUGACCGAAUCUGGUCCAACGUUACAGAACACACAGUUGGGCUGGAUUGUCUCGGGAACAAUUCCAGACGAAGCAUGCUGUUAUUCAUCGAUCGUCUCACAUUCUUCCGAAUCUGUCGAAGAUCAAUUAAUGCGAUUCUUCGAGUUAGAAUUAUGUCGUACCACUAGUACUUUUUCGUUGGAAGAAACCGCAUGCGAAAAACAUUUCGAACGAACCACAAAGAAAGAUUGUUCGGGAAAAUUUAUAGUGCAUUUACCCAAGAAACCAUACUUAAUCGAUCGUCUCGGCGAAUCGAGAUCGAUAGCUUUGCGUAGAUUUUCAGCGUUGGAGAAAAGACUCAACGCAAAUGUAAAUGUCAAACAAAUGUACUCUAAUUUCAUUAAUGAGUAUCGAAACCUGAACCACAUGCGCGAGGUAUUACCUAUUGACGAGGAGAAAUCCAUGCAAACACCUUACUAUAUGCCUCAUCAUGCGGUACUUAAGCCCGAUAGUACAUCAACCAAGUUGCGUGUCGUGUUUGAUGCGUCAUGUCCAUCGUCCAGUGGUAUUUCGCUUAAUGCUGCAUUAAUGGUAGGCCCUGUGGUACAGGACGACCUGUACUCGAUAAUUUUACGAUUCCGUCUCCACAAAUAUGCAAUCAUAGCUGACAUAGAGAAAAUGUACAGGAUGAUAAAUGUGGACCCAGCCGAUUAUCAUCUUCAACGCAUUUUGUGGAGAGAUGAUCCUUCUGAACCCAUCCGCACCUUCGAACUAACGACGGUUACGUAUGGAACCUCGCCUGCACCGUAUCUCGCUACUCGUUGUCUGAAGAAACUCGCAGAAGACAAUAAACCAACAUAUCCAAUCGCAGCAGAAACAAUCCUCAACGGAUUCUAUGUCGACGACUUGCUAAAAAGUGUUGGAAGCAUCGAUGAAGCAUCGAAAUUAUGCAGAGAACUUAUUCUGCUACUCAGCGCUGCCGGUUUCACUCUGCGUAAGUGGAGUACUAAUUCCUGUGAGAUCCUGGAACAGAUACCCAUUCACCUUAGAAGUAAUCAAUCGACUUUAGAGCUACAGCCAUCAGGCGACAUCAAAACACUCGGAUUAAUCUGGUCACCCAACACUGACAUGUUUAAAUUCACUGUGCCCCAGUGGCACUCAUCAUCUGAAAUCACCAAGAGAAUCAUUCUGUCCGAUUUCGCAAAGCUCUUCGAUCCAUUAGGAUUAGUUGGACCUGUCACAGUUCAGGCCAAAGUUUUUCUCCAGGAACUUUGGAAAACAAAGUGUUCCUGGGAUGUAUCGCUGGCCGAAGAGCAUCAAAAUUGGUGGUUGAAGUUUAGAAGCAAUCUGGCUGGCUUAUCGCACCUAGAAAUUCCUCGAUGGGUUGCAUUCGAUAACGACAUAAUCACCGUAGAAAUGCAUGGGUUCUGUGAUGCUUCCGAGAAGGCUUACGGAGCCUGCUUAUAUCUACGUUGCAUAUCAUUUAACGGAACCAUUUCUGUGUCGCUUCUCACAGCGAAAUCUCGGGUUGCUCCAAUUGACAAUCUCGAGAAAAAGAAAAGGAAAAUUUCUAUCCCACGGUUGGAAUUAUCAUCGGCGCUUGUAUGCAGUCAUCUCUUCGAAAAGGCGGCUGAAAGUAUAAAACUGUCAAUACAACCUUAUUUUUGGACGGAUUCUAUGAUAGUCAAAUGUUGGCUAUCAUCUGUGCCAUCACGCUGGAAUAUAUUUGUGGCGAACAGGGUCUCAGAAAUCCAGCACAUAACCAGGAAGGGGAUCUGGAAUCAUGUGGCUGGAGCCGAAAACCCUGCAGACGCAUUGUCACGUGGAAUGACACCUGAUCAAUUAUUGAACCAUCAAACAUGGUGGCAUGGGCCACAGUGGCUUCAUUUAGAGAAAGAAGAAUGGCCGAAAUCGGUCAAAUACUCAAUCGAAGAAUUAAAUCAAGCGACAGUGGAGCAACGAGCCACUGUUUCAGCUCCUGCUCAAGAAAUAAAAACCAGUUUCAUUUUCACUUUGAAAUCUAAAUUAUCGGAUCUAGUGCGGAUCGUAGCUCUUGUAAGGAGAUUUAUCUACAACUGCAGAAACUGUCAGAACCGCAAAUUAGGAUUUCUGACAUACGAAGAGCGAGAAAGUGCUCUAUUACGAUUGGUUGCAUUGGCACAAGAGGAAAGCUUUCAUCUAGAGUUGACUGAGUUAAAAACUAAAAAUUCAACAACGUUUCCAUCUCGAAUAAGAUCAUUGAAUCCUCGUCUCGUGAACGGACUACUUCUCGUCGGCGGCCGGCUGAAUUAUGCUCAGAUUUCCGUUGGACGCAAACACCCAUUAAUUCUGGACAACCGUCAUCCACUCACCACGCUGAUUGCAACUCAUUAUCACGAAACCCUUCUUCAUGCUGGCCAACAACUGAUGAUCUCCAGUAUGCGCGAGAGAUUCUGGCCUAUUGGAGCAAGAAAUGUAACACGCAAAGUGAUACACAGAUGUCUCAAAUGCUUCAGAACACGUCCAAAAAGUCACGAACAAAUAAUGGGUGACUUACCAGUUGAACGCGUCACACCAGCACCACCCUUCACGAGAGUGGGAGUGGAUUAUUGCGGACCGUUCAACGUCCAGUAUCCGUAUCGAAAAGGUAAACCAAUCAAAUGUUUCAUCGCAGUGUUCAUUUGUCUAGUGGUCAAGGCUAUCCACCUGGAAAUAGUCGCAGACCUCACAACUCAGUCAUUCAUCGCAGCGUUAAAACGAUUUGUCGCACGCCGUGGUCGUCCAGAAAUUAUCAUUUGUGACAAUGGCCGAAAUUUCGUCGGAGCUCGGCGUGAAUUGGACGAAUUGAGAAGGUUAUUCAAUAACCAAAGAGAAUCGAUAUCGAAGGAAGCAGCUACUGAAAAUAUAAAUUUCAAAUUUAUUCCGGCAAGGUCUCCCAAUUUUGGCGGUCUCUGGGAGGCAGCAGUCAAAUCGAUGAAGAGUCACAUGAAGAGAACAUUGGGCAAUGUCAUACUUCAUUCAGAUGAAUUGGCCACCUUAGUAGCUCAAAUCGAAGCUUGCCUUAACUCGAGGCCAAUUACACCUCUCAGCAACGAUCCGAACGAUUUAACCGUCCUUACACCAGGACACUUCCUUAUAAAUCGACCUCUAAUGGCGAUUCCUGAACCAUCUUUACAAGAAAUACAGGAAUCGAGACUCUCCAAGUGGCAACGUGUCCAGAACUAUCUCCAACAAUUGUGGAGACGAUGGUCGACACAAUAUCUAUCAAAUUUACAAAAUCGUACGAAAUGGACGAAACAGCGGAAAAAUCUAUUCGUUGGCACGAUGGUUCUGCUGCGAGAUGAGAAUUUACCCCCUCUCAAAUGGAGUUUAGGACGAAUUAUCGAUAUACACACCGGCGAAGAUGGUAACAUCAGAGUGGUUAAGGUACGCACAAAGGACGGAGUUUACGUGCGAGCCAUCUCCAAAGUCUGCAUUUUGCCGAUAGCAGACAACGAGUCACCAUCAACUGAGGAAUAA